AUGGCUUCCAGGUUUGGUCAGAAGAGAGCUGGAAGAUGCCAGGAGGACUCAGAUUCCUACCUGCUGAGAGAUCCUGGCCUCAAUCCUUUACGCAAUCCCCCUCACAGCACCUCCUGGUGGGCUGACAGAGAAGAGCACAGAAACCAAGGAGAUUCACUCAGGGAGCAGCUAAAAGAGAUGGAUGAACACAUGGCCAGGCUUCAGGAGAUGCUGAGAAGUGAGCGGGCUAAAUGCACCCGUCUCCAGCUGCAGUGUGGCCAGCAGGAGGCCGAGCUGCGACAUCGAGAGCUGCACAGCAACAGACUGAAGGAGCGACUGUCACAGCUGACCGACAGACACAAACUGAAAGGACCCACCAUCGAGGUGUUGAACUUUCCACCUGGAGGCAGAGGCAAAAGAGAGCAGCCAGUCAAAUCAUUCAGGACUACUGCAAAACGAGAAGAAGCAACUCUGCGUGUGAUGCUGGAGCGCAGAGAAGCAGAGCUCAGAGAGGCGAUGAAGCUGCGACACAGCCUCACCACUUUGCUUCAUGCACUCAGAGUGGACAUGGAACAGACCGUGUCGGACUCUGUGGAUGUGGCCCAAGCAGACAAAAGGUUGGAUCAAGCUGAAGUAGCCCUUGGUGAGCAUGUGACGGGUGGAGUCAUCCAGAGUUGGAGGCAGGUGCAGAUAAGACUGCUGGACAUCCUGUCUGAAGGCCAAACUGCUGCUGGUACUGACCACGACAAGCUCCUGGCUCAGCUGGAAACUGAGCUGAAAGAGAGUCAGCAGCUUGUCAGGUUACAACAGCAGCUCCUGCAGGAUAGUCUUGCUUCACCCGUCCCGGCUGAACUGGCUGAUUCCUGCUUUGUGGAAGAGUGGGAGCGUCUUCAGGUGCACUGGGCUGAGCUGGAACAUCAGAGGAGGACUUUUGUGAGGGAGAGGCAGUCCUUCACUGAUGCUGCCAUUCGACUGAGUCAUGAGCGCCGUGAUUUUGAACAGCAGAAGGCUUGUCUUGUGAAGCAGCAGUAUCUCUGUGACUCGCCACUGUUUGGCAAAGGAGCUCCAAGCGACAACAGAAGAGAAAGCACCGCUCUCAAUUUCUCAGGUUUAGGGCCCAACAGCAUAUCCGGCUGUCUUCCAAUCUCUCCGUCGUCCACCGAGUCGGGGGCUGCUGCUGUUCAUGGAUUACAUCAGGGGAGAACCAGAGUUCAAACCCCCAGCACGCCUGAGCUCUACUCUGCCCUCAAUCUGUCCUACAGAUCCAGACUUGCUGAUCACCCGUCAGAGACAUGGGGCGGUGGGGUUUACAGGACAGAGGACAUGACUCAGGGUCCACAUUUAGACUGGCCGUUUUACUACAUUACUGAUGAUGGGCAGUAGCAGUGAAAAGCACAUUGUACUUUUAAUUCCACUUUUCAAAAAUAAUUAAUAAAGACUAAUGUUACUCUUCU